AUGGCGAAAUUAGUGGAUGUUUACAACUGCGAUAAAAAUCCAGCUAUUAAUCGGCGUCAGUUACCACUAACAAUUUACGAUAAUCUAAUUAUGAUAAUGGAUUUAAAUACUAUGGGCUUGAUCUGCGAUAAUCCUCAAGUAAAAGGUCGCGAAUACGAUGAAUUUUUGCGCAAAUAUAGAAUUCUCACAACAGAUGAGCUUAAAUCAGCACUGAGAGUUGAUGCCUCAGAUAUUUUUAAUGUUUUAAAUCAAAGCAUUCCCUGUGUGGGCUGUAGAAGGAGUGUGGAAAGAUUAUUUUACCAGUUAUGUAAGUCAGGACAUCCAACAUUAGAUCCAAUAAUCCUCACACCAGGAGAAAUUAUGACAAUAAAAGAAGAUAAAAUUACAAAUCCUCAAGCAUUAGCAACUUUACUCAAUGGACAUAGCUCAGGAAUAGAAUGUCUUAUACUUAGUCAGCCACGAUGGAAGAAAUCACAGAGGUGUACCCUACAUUCACUAGAAGCAGGCAGUGCCAGAGGUUGGGGCGCUUCCACAACAUGUGGUUGGGGUUGGGCAGCAUGGAGUUGGGGUGGGAGAGCAGCUUGGCGCUCUGCCUGGGAUGCUAUGAAAACAUCAGCACGGGAACAUGUCACUCUCAUACAUUUUAAAACUUUACAUGAUACAAUACACAACUAUCUAAGGAAGCAUCGUUUCUGUGCUGAUUGCAAAACUAAGGUUUUAAAAGCAUACCUAUUGCUAGUUGAGGAAAAGGAACCACAGAAGGAAAAGGGCUAUGUUGGAGCUUUGUAUGGGGGAAUCAAGAGGUGCUUGUUAGACAAGCACUUACAUCUUCAAGCAAAAACCGAAUAUAUAGCACACCUUAUCAAUAGAGCAGAACCAGAAUUACUUGGGAACCACCGUGAGAGACAUGCCAAAACUCUGGAGAUUGCACAAGAGGAGGUGCUUAUAUGCCUCGGCAUAUGCAUAUACGAGCGCUUACAACGCAUAUCGCUAAGACUGCGUGAAGAAGAAGGCACAUGUCAAACAUUGGCCGCUGUGGGAAUUGAAGCGCUGUACCGCAAGUUUGAGAUGGCUGUCGAACUCAAGAGCGGCGUCUCCAAAUUACAGCUUUUGUACGAUGAGAUUACUCAAGAAGAAGUAACUAGGCAGCAAAGGAAAGAACAGAAGAAGCUCAAGCGGCGUAAGAAGAAAGAAAGGCAGGCCAUCGAAUCAAAAUGCAAAGAAGUGGAUUCGGAGGAACCAGAAGAACCUGAAGUAAAAUGUGAAUGUGAGGAAUGUUUACAAGAAGAAAGGGAUGUACCAACUGAUUUGUCGACAGACAAUUAUAAUGAAUGUUUUGAAGAAAUGCAAACAAAUGCAGAUGGCUGCCAUUCAUGUCAGGACGAUUUCACAGAACUUCAUUCCCUGAAAAAAGUAAAUAAUAAGAGGGCUAAAAAAGGCAAUUUGUCACAAAGUGAACAUUCACACGAUUGUGGCUAUUCAUCAGGGAAUACUGGUGGAUGUUGUGAGACAAUGUCUGGGUCAUCAUCCCUGAUAAGUUCACCAGAAGGUUCAGAAGUGGCCUGUUCCGAAGGGUUUUGCAAUCAUGAGAGAGGGGACUGCCUAGAUUCAAAAAGUGACAAGUUUUUAUGUACCGGACUCACACUGUCAUUACAAGAGAUGCUGGAUACAUGUUCAUCAGACGAAGAACACAACACCAGUUACAUACCCAUAGAGGAGGUUAUGGAAUUCAAAUCUCGAAGGAAUAUAACGGAGAAACGACAAGAAUUAAGACAGAAUUUACGUAAAAAAUUUGCGCAAUUGUGUGUAAAUUCACCCCAGAAACCUGUCUCACUGAAGGAAAAAUAG